AUGGAUUCAGACGACGAAAUUACUUUAUCAAAUCAUGCUUUAGCAGCUUUACAGGAAUUCAAAAAGGAAGAAAAGGACAGGUUAGAAACUUUCGAAAAACUAUACAAACAAUCAGAAGAAAAGUUCGAGGAAAGAAAACUCACUAUUGACCUCUUUCAAGAAGACUGGCAAUUAUCCCAAUUUUGGUAUAGCGACGAGACCUCCAAUAUUCUAGGUAAAGCCUUAUUGGAAGGUGCAGAUAGUGAUACUGUCAUAGUAAUUGCUAGUGCUCCUGCGGUGUAUGCUGCUAUCUUGAACUUCCCUGAAGAAGACCUCCCCACUAAACAUAUAUAUUUACUCGAGUUUGAUAAUAGAUUCAAAGUUUUAGGGAAAGACCACUUUUUCCAAUAUGAUUAUAAUUUCCCAGAUCAGAUUCCUGAAGAGUUGAGAAACAAGUGUCACAGAUUAUUGAUCGAUCCACCAUUUUUAGAAGAGGAGUGUCAAAAUAAAUCUGCUCAAGCUGCAAGAAACCUCUUGGUAAAAGACAAAAAUUUGAAAACAAAAGAGGGUGAUUUACAAUUCAAAUUAAUCUCUUCCACUGGUGAAAGAAUGAAUGAAGUCGUCAAAAAAAAUUAUCCAGAAACUAAGGUUACUAACUUCUACCCAGAGCACAAAAAUGGAUUGAGUAACGAAUUCAGGUGUUAUGCAUCUUUCGAAUGUAGCUACUGGAAGUUUGAGUGA